CUGGUGAAGAAGCUCCCUGAUGCCGUUUGGGAUCAUGGAUCAAUGAGUUGUAUCUUCAUCUUUUUUUUGAAGAUGCCAGGUUACCACUUACCAGCUGAGAUCCAAGAUGGAUCCUGGAAGCCAAAUAUCAUGCUUGGUAACUCAGACAAGAUAGCUGCUUUAUCACCAUUGAAGCCACUGUCAAAUCUAGCCAGAGACCAAGAAGGGAAGCUAGGCAUGGGGGGAAUUUCUAAAGGACUAAUUUCCAGUUUGUCUGAGAGUUCAUGCAAUUCAGUGGAUCCCCAUCCAAAAUCUUGGUCUGACUUGUAUAUCCUAACAGUAGCAAAUAAUAUGAAUGGAAACAGGACCAACACCAAUUUGAUCCAGCAUGAAAGCAGUCUGUUCUCUAGCUCAUUGUCAGAAAUAUUUAGUAGAAAGCAUAAGAUAUCCUCUUUAUGCAUUCUGAGCGUGUAUGUUCUUGAUGUGUUUGAUCUGCUCCUCUCAGAUUUCCUAAAAGAAGAUACUUUAUUGGACUUAAUGCUUGAUGGUUCGACAGAUAACCCUUUUAAUUUGCCAGUGUAGUGCUCCAAACAUUAAUGGCAAACGUAAGUGUAGAAGUACAAAAUGACUUUUUUAUUUGUUAUUAUUUGUCUCUCUAUGUCCCAGGCGUUUCCUCUUAAACAUUAAUGUCAGAAAAUCAAGCAUUUCUGUAAAG